GAAAUUAAAUGUGGCAUUGUGAUCAGGGUUUUUGCGUGCAGGCUGAGGAGAAUUGAAGAAGAUGGCAAUGGCAAUGGCAAAAGUUGAUUGUGUGCCUCUUUUAGCACUGAUCUUAUUCUUCAUACCCAUCUCCCAGUCCCAGGCAAGAUCAAUUUCCAAUUCAAUCCUUUCUUCGGCGCACCCAGCUCCUCGUUCCUUCGCCGUCAACACCACCACCCUCAACCACCAGAAUGCGAGAUGCUCUUUCAAUGUGGACAUAAGAACAAGCUGCUCUUCCACUUCAACCACCAGAGACCAAAUCAGCCUCUCAUUCGGUGAUGCUUACGGGAAUCAGGUUUAUGCACCCAGGUUAGACGAUCCAUAUUCGAGGACAUUCGAGCGGUGUUCAACAGAUACGUUCCAGAUAUGGGGUCCCUGUACGUAUCAGAUAUGCUACGUGUACGUAUACCGGAGAGGAUACGACGGGUGGAUACCGUAUGAUAUUACGAUCAAUGGGCAGGGGCAUUCUACCAGGCCUGUCACCUUCUACUACAACGUGCGUGUGCCCAGAGAUAUGUGGUAUGGCUUUGACUACUGCAAUCGGGCUGCAAAAACUUAUGCCAAAUGGGGAUGGAAUUUGGUGUCUGCAUUUGCAUCAACGCUGUAUUCCAUUGCUGGGCUGGAGCCUCAUUAACUACCUAGCUACCUUUAAUGGGUUUUUUAAUUUUAAUUUGGUGUGUAAUUAAUAAGGUUGCCUUUGGCUUCCAUCAACUGUACUUCUUGAUGCAUGCCAUAAAUAAAAGAAUUCCCAGUUUCAAUGUAUCUGUAAUAAUAGCUUUAGUUAAAACUAUGUUAAUUGGUU